UUCAAUUCCAACAUUUUCUCUUUUCAAUUCGGUAAUUGCUACCAUAUUUUCCUCUUCUUUAGGGUUUCGAAUCAGUGUUUCCCUCUCUUUUCCAUGUCUUCAUCUCCUAAAUCUCAUACAUCGUAACCCUAAUUUCGUUUACAAUCACCCAUGGACGGCGACUUCACUGGUGGAGAACCGGUAGGGAGGACGUCGACGUCCUAUGAAGCGGCGGGAGGACGGCGGAGGUUUACGGUGGAGCUCAGGCCGGGUGAGACAACAAUUGUGUCGUGGAAGAAGCUUCUCAAGGACGCUAAUAAGUCCAAUGUCAAUGUUGUCGGUUCUGGUCCAACGGUUGGAGCUCCUGCUAGCAUUCAAACUCCAGUGCCGCAUCCUGCUCUCGAGGCUCGAUUAGCUCCGGGACAACCUGCUGAUAAGGAAGUCAAGGAUGCACCUCCUGGCAAUCGUUUAAAUGCUGUGAUAGAAAAGAUUGAACGCCUAUAUGUGGGCAAACAAAGUGAUGAUGAGGAAGAUCUUAAUGAUUUCCCUGAUGACGAUGAAUAUGAUACUGAAGAUUCAUUCAUAGAUGAUACUGAGCUGGAUGAAUAUUUUCAGGUUGAUAACUCAGCAAUAAAGCAUGAUGGUUUCUUUGUCAACCGCGGAAAGUUGGAGCGCAUUGAACCAGUUUCACCAAAGAAUCAGCAACCAAAAAAGAAGAGAAGAAAAGAUCUGGCAAAAAGCCAUGUUGGGGAUGAUGAUGGACACAAUCCAAGUAAACCUGUAAAAGUCGGAAAGAAGGCUGGGAAACCAGUACCAGUUGUUAGUGAAACAUCUCAUCCAUCUCAUGGUGUUGCUUUGCAAAAUGUAUCCCAUGAAGAAAAAUUCCCGAAUCAGUUGAAUGUUUCUGAAAUACCAAUAACAAAGAAAGCUGCAGAUACCCAAAAUAUGUUGGAGCUAUCUCCAUCAGCAUCAUUGCGUGGCAAUUCUGCAGAAGAAAAAGACCUUGACCAGCAGAAAAUUGGAGUUACCCAAUCCAAGAAUCUAGGUGACAAGUUAAAAGAUGGUUCUGAAAUAUCUGGAAAAUCAUCUCAGAGGUUACAUGACAGAAGUUCUUAUGCUCAAGAGAAAUCUAAUGUAGGAAGAUCAAUAAACAUUUCUGAAGGAAUAGACCAGUCUGUUCAGCGCCGUGAUGAGAAGUUUAAUGUCAGUGGCUUUGAGGGCAAGAACUCAGCUCAGACUAUGGUGCUCCCUAAAACUAUACAGAAAGAUCCUGCCAUGCAGAGAAAGGAAGGAUCGAGUGGUAGACCAAAAGGUACAAUGCUUGAGAAGGCCAUCAGGGAUUUGGAGAAGAUUGUUGCAGAAUUAAGGCCACCGAAUAUGGAGGUUCAGGAUGCUGAUAAUUCAUCUCAGGCUAUCAAAAGGAGGUUACCACUUGAAAUAAAGCAGAGGCUGGCUAAAGUUGCCCGAUUGGCGCAAGCUAGUCAUGGAAAAAUAUCCAAUGAGUUAAUUAGUCGUUUAAUGAGUAUUGUCGGCCACUUAAUACAGCUUCGCACAUUGAAGCGGAACUUGAAAAUCAUGGUCAAUAUGGGGCUGUCAGCAAAACAAGAGAAAGAUAACAGAGUUCAGCACAUAAAGAAGGAGGUUGCUGAGAUGAUUAAGUUGCGGAUUCCAGUGAUGAAAUCAAAGUUGCUUGAACAACAAGCUGGAGCUUCUGAUGACUUCCAAGAAGCAAGUCCUGAAGAGAAAGAAGCCUUUAAGAGAAAAUACAGCAUGGAUGUUGCAUUGGAAGACAAAAUAUGUGACCUUUAUGAUCAUUUUGUUGAGGGCCUGGAUGAAGAUGCUGGUCCACAAGUCAGAAAGUUGUAUGCAGAGCUUGCAGGAUGUUGGCCAAAUGGAUUUAUGGACAAUCAUGGUAUUAAACGUGCUAUAUGUAGAGCAAAAGAUAGGAGGAGAGCAUUGCACGCCCGACGUAAGGACGGAGAGAAAAUUAGGAGGAACAAGUUAUUGGCCACAAAGGAAGGGGAUACUACUAGAGUAGAUGCUGGACCUAUUGCCCAGUCGGUGCAUAUCCAAGAAAAGAUUGUAGUUGAUCAUUCUUCAACUUCAACAAACAAGCCAGUAUCCAGUAGUGCAGCUGUAAAUGCUUCUGCACGAAUGCAUGUUUCCAUAGCUAAUGGUUCUGAUGUGAAUCGUCUAAAGCAGGAGAAGCUAAAGGGAGUUUCUGGCAGCUCUGUUGAUCCACGAGGACCAGAUGCGGUGCCAAAAAAGAAAAUGAAGAGGAAACAUGAGUCAGAAUUGGGUGAAAGCUUGUUUCACAGCGAGAAAUUGACUUCCGCACAGGCAGAGGAGAAGAACAAAACCAACAAGCAUACUGGUUGUCCUACUCCAAAACCAAAUAAUGUUGCGACCUCCGGCUUUGAACAGCUGACAUGAUGCAAUUUCUGCCUCUUGCAGCUUCAGUGAUUGCCCCUCUUUUCUAGUUCUGUAAUUAUAUAGUUAUCCUGGCGCGUUACCCAUAAGAAACCGAGUCUCUUAUUUUGAAGUUACAGAUUAAAGGCACAUUUAGUUAAGGCAAAAAAUUAGAAAAUUGAUGUCUUAUUAGCAGUUAGGCUCUCUGCUGUGGGGCAUUUUGAUGCUAGUUUUAUUUAUGGGCUGGAAAUUACUCU